UCCUUUCCCUUGAAAUGUACUGUAAAUUUUAUCGAUUUACAAUUUAUGUUUUUAUUUGUCUAAUAGGUGUUUAGUGUAUAACUGUAAUUAUUCAGGGGUUAUGUAUAACGGGAUGUGGUAAACAGUCAUUUUAAUAUCAUAUUACAUCUUUUUUAACUCUCUGUAACUCUAAGUUGAUCAACUCUCUCAAGGAUGGCUGAGUUCAUGUCACUACUCUAAAAUCUGAAAGUCAUGGAUGAUCUAGAUAUUGGUGGUAUUGAUGAAAUACUGAAACAAGCAGCAAAGAUAAGAAAUGAUGCUAAAAGUGGCUAUUUGUACAGUGAUGUGAGUGCCAAACACAUUGGAAGCUACCAGUGUAAUGGUUGUGGAGAAGAAAAUAGUUUACUUUCAUCAUGGUGCUUUAAAUGUGGCUUACGUAAAUUUGGAAGUCCUCCUAAACCUAAAAUGAGCCAUUGCUUUUCAGAAGCGGACACUAAAUAUAAUGUCUACAACACAGAUCAAAUAUUGCAGUCAAAGCCGAUUGUAACACCGGCAGAUAAACCGCGCGAGAUCAAUACCACAAAAAAUAUUGUGAAGGGUGAAGUUAAGGUUUUUGAAUACAAUCAGUCAAAAGAAAAUAAGCAAAACGUAAUUGGGGUUAAAGACAUGCCUGUUCCAGAAAUUGAUGAAGGAAGUUCAAUGGAAAAUGUUGGAUCAGAAGCUGAGUUUCUUGAGUGCCCCAGUUUUUCCAGUGAAGACAUCAUAUAUUAUGAUCGCUGUGAGACCAAAAAGAGCAAAAAGAGACUGUAUAUUAAACCGUUAUCAACUCCAUCUCUAUUAUCAUCAACAUUCAGUCCAACAGCCACAAAAAAUGCCUGGUCAACACCUGUCUCAAAGCAAACAAAACCAUCUGCCACCCCACUACGUGUCAAAAAUGGAAGACCAAAUUCUGCUUCAAGUGGGAGACCAAAUUCGGCUUCAAAUGGGAGACCAAAUUCGGCUUCAAAUGGGAGACCAAAUUCUGCUUCAAAGUCAACUCCACAGAUAAGAGCUAAUUCUCUGGCAAGGAAGAAUUUUCCAACAUUAAAGCAUCACAAUUCUACCUGCUCAAAAAAAUCUCUCAAUAAUUCACUGACCCCAUCUGUUUUUGAGAGGCUCUAUAGUAAUGAAACCAAACCAAAAAUCAGAACAGUUCAAAGCUCUCCUCACCUCAUUGAUAUAGAGAAAAAUAAGAACAUGAAAACAAAUGCUGUUGUGGCCCUUGCUGCCCCACAACUAAGUUUUCAAUCUACUGAUAAAAAAUCAAAGAUUUUUACUGAAGAGGAACUGAUCAUCAAUAACAGGAGAAAGGCUAAGAAAAACACUUUUCCUAAACAGAUGGGUGCUGCACCACUAGCUGUCAGUGGUAUCCGCUCCAAUCUUCCCAAGAAAUAUCCUGUUAGCAUAUACUACAGAGGAAUCGAAGAGAACUACCCUGUACAGUGGACAUCCCUCCCAGCUGAGAUAUGGGUUAAAAUAAUGGGCUACAUUUCCCAUGGAGAGCUAGUGGAACUGACGGUCUCUUGUUCUUAUCUGCAACAUGUUGCUGCUGACUACUCUAUUUGGAGCAAGAUUACAGUAAGUGGGAGGGAUCUGACAGAUACACAUCUCCAAGCUAUUGGAGAGAGAUCUCCUAAAUAUCUCACAUUCAGCAGUUGCAACGGAAAGAAACUCUCACCUCUGGGAUUCAGAUCUCUGUUUAGGAACUGUUCUGCCUCACUCAAGGGUCUAACAAUAACUGACUGUAAAGGAGGAGACUUAGUCUCAGCUUCUCUCCUCCUCCACCUCUCUGCGCGGUGUAGGGACCUCACUUCUCUUCAUCUGUCUCUCUGUAACUUGGGAGAUGAGGCGCUCACUCAGCUUGCUCAGAGAACUCACAGGUUGGAGCAGCUGUGUAUCCCGAUGUGUAGUGGAGUAUCAGAUACUAGUUUCAGAGCACUGCUCCAACGGCACUACCGAUACCUGACCUGUCUUGAUAUCACUGGGUGCUACCACAUCUCCAGUGUAGCAAUAUCCCAGAUCUCACUGUGCCCUAACCUGACAUCCUUGUAUUUGGGCAACUGCAACCAGAUCCACUCGGCCACCAUCCACACCCUCAGUGCCAAACUGGAUAAACUUCUCAUCCUGGACAUCAGGGGCUGUAAGAACGUUUCAAGUGACAGUGUCAUGGACUUGCUGAAAGCAAACCCCCACAUCCAUACGUUAUCUUUAUCUCAUGUUGCCAUGGUUACUGACGUGGUACUGGAGCAGAUAGCGCGGACUUUGCUCAGUCUGAACGUGCUGGAUUUAUCUGGAUGUAUUAAAGUUACCAGUAUUGGGAUCCAGUAUUUGGUUAAACACCCUCUCAGUGCGCUGGAUCUGGGGUCUACUGCUGUUUCCUUUAGAGGGUGUUGCGCUAUAGCUAACUAUCUUUGUACAACUUUAAAACAGGUUUCUUUUAAUUUCUGCUCUGAUGUUAAUGAUGAAUGUGUGAGAAAGAUUGUACAGAAAUGUAAGAAGCUGGAACGGAUCAGUAUUUUUGGGUGCAGUUAUAUUCGAAAUUUGAGUAAUUUAAGUAAAUUGAAUGCAGGCUUGGUUUUAGACUUUUAGUUUUAGUUUUGAACUUUGGAUCGUUGUAAUUUUAUAAGUAGGUUCAUUUAUGUUAAGUUACCAUAUAUAUUGUCUUAUUCAUUGAGGAUGUUAUUAUUGGAUUGAUGAUUUAAAAAAGUGUACUAUCUUAGAAAUAUUUAAAAAAUCUACUGGCCACAAGAAUAGCUCAGUAGCGUAACUUGAUAAAUAAAUAUAAGUUUCUCUGCCAUUUACGCGG